GUGAACGCGCACGCCCAUCCAUGAUCCGACACACCCUUGCUUCGCAAGCAAUGACCUUUCAUAACAACAGACCUCUCUCCAUUCUUCCUGUACAUAGUCAACUCACACUCACUUUGCACGCUGCAUAUCCUCAAACAUAAUAGCCAGUACCUCAGUACCUAGAAAUUAUACAAUAUGGUUGCAUCAACCAAUACCGCCUUUCCCACGCUUUCGGGCGGCUACAAUUAUCCUGCUCCUACAGUGCCUCCGACGGCUGGGGCCCCUUACCUGGCUUCAUCUCAACUUCCAGAAAACUUCGUCUUCAUAGUCGUCGGCGCCGCACUGGCCUCCGUUGCGCUACUGAUCUUCGUUUGGAGGGUAGUGAUGUCCUGGUCCAUCAAUCGCGCCUUCAAACGUGACGCAAGGAGUGGUGCCGCAGGCGGCGCAGUGUCCUACACACCACUGGCGGAAGACCUCAAGAAGAAUCCUGCAGCACAAUCCGGGCAUGACAUGACAGAUCUGAGUAAACUCCCUCGCUCGUUCUCGAAUGUACCGAGUUUGUUCUUCUCCCCCACAGCAGAAGUCGCCAAACAGUCUCAACGGCCCCCUAGUCAACAUCUGCCAUCCGGGCAUUAUCGCGACGCAUCAAGCACUUACCGUGGAUGAGCCUUGUCCUUCGGUACUGUCAUAAAACUCUGCACCUCUGGAUAUUCGAGGAUGCUUGGAUGGCCAGGUACGGACACGGGUAUUC